UUCCAGAUUUCGUCCAUUAAAAUGUCCAUUAUCAUGUGAAGAAGUGACCAGAGACAUUUCUAUUUCAUGUUCUUGGGCGGGUUUAAAAAAUGACAUACAAGAGCAUUUGAAAACGCAUCAAAAUUACUUUCUAGAUCCACCCCACCUCGAACUUUCUGCUAACUUAGGAAAUACUGUAUUCUUUACUUGUUUUGGAGCCCAUGUAGCGACUGUUGUUGUAAUGCAAGAAACCGAUAAAAAAUAUAAUGUUUUUAUAGCAAUGGAUGGAUCUGAGAUAGAAUCUCAGUGUUUCAAAUACCACGUGGAUAUAUUAAAUACUGAUAAAAACACGUAUAUUUUAUUGAAGAAAAAUUGCUUAUAUAGUUUGGAAGAUUUUGAGCACAGUUUGAAUAUUCCAGAAAAACAAUUGGUAUUGAAUUAUGAGAACAUAUUUGAACUACUUGAGAAACCUAAACGUCUAAUUAUGAAAUUUGGUAUUUUCAAAAAGAGUAAAAAAGAGAUCUUAAAGAUAACUGGUUUUAAGGAUAGUGAGUUAUUUAAAGAAAAACAUAUUGAAAAUACAUUUUUUCCAAAGACAGAUGACAACCUGUUACGGGAACUGGAAUGCCCAAUUUGUAGUGAAUAUAUGCUGCCUCCAAUAUACAUGUGUGCCACAGGUCAUGGCAUUUGCAGCUUUUGUAGGAACAAUAUAACGUCAUGUCCAACUUGUAGGAGCAAAAUAACUGAUAACCGCUCUUUCAUUUUGGAAAACUUAAUUUCCAAAAUAAAUUUCCCAUGCAGGAACCGAGAGGCUGGGUGCAAAUUUGUUGGAGCCAGCGAUAAUAUUAAAGCACAUCAGAAAAAUUGUUCAUUUAGAAUUUCCUGUAUGCUAUGUGAUUGGGAGGGUGCACUAUACGAUUUUCACAUUCAUUUGCUGACAGAUCACCAAAGACAUAUUUUGGAACAAAAUGUUUACCAUACAGCUAAUUUUUUUGAUACCUUUAUAGGAUUUCUUUACGUUUAUAAUCAAGUUUUUUGUGCGAUAUUUAGGCCAUCUAACUUAAAAUGUCCGACUGAGUUGAGUUUGAGUGUUUCUAUAACGCAUAUAUCCAUGGAUACUGAAAACCCCAAUUUCAAGUAUGAACUAAAAUUUAAUCCCGCAUCUUGUAAUAACAAUAGUAUAUGCUUUUCCAAUAUACCUUGUAUUGGUAUUUCGUGUAAAGACUUCAAAAUUGAAAAUCUUGGAAAUUUAGACUGCGGAAUUUUGAUUCCGUAUAAUCUCUUAAAAAUUUAUACAAACGAGGAAAAAUAUGGCUAUAAGAUUUUUAUAAAAAAGAUGUAAAUACUAAAUUUCAUUA